GCGUGAUUGGCUAAUACAGUUUAAAUCGCUCGUCUUGUUUAUAGUGGUGCGGGAUUUCAAAGUGAAUUUUUGUUUGUUUGUAGUGACAUUGCAUCGAAAUUAUGUUCUCCAAAGCCAAAAUAAAGCGUUUUAACGAGGAAGUUGGAUGUGCCCCCCCUCCCACAGCAUACAACCCAAAAAUAAAUAAAGGAACCACCUCGUCAGUCACCUUAGAUAAAUCAGACCGAUGGCAGAACGCCAAAGAGGUAACUCCAGGCCCAGGAACAUACACUGGUUCAUUAGUAACAUCUCCAAGUAAGCAACGCUCCACAUCAUCAGCCAGACUAAAUUCAUCUACUUGUUCCAGCACAUCAACAACCUCUGGCAAUGGUGUAUUUCUAAGUCCGCAAAAGCCUGAUCGGCUCACAAGGUCCCGUUCUAUGCGUACAGUACAGGCUCGUAAAGAUGAAAGUGAUGCAAAGGUUACCGAUUUAGAAAACCAAAUAAAAAAUCUUACGGAAGAAAGAGACAGUUUGAAACAUCGUAUAUCUCAGCUUGAAAAGCAACUAGAGGAAAUACAGAGAAGAAUAUCUAAUUGGAUGCAGUCAUAAAUCAGGAGAAAGCGAAUCACAAGAAAAGAC